UCAUCGGUAGUUUUAAACCUUUGUAAGCUUUUAAAAAUAAAAAUCCAACAAUAAAGAACUAAGAACAAAAAAAUGAAUAGUCAACUUAAAUCACCAGUUCGAAGAGGUCAAUUUUGCUUAGCCAAUUGAUUGAGUAUUGGUUUCAUAAGACUUGAGAUCUAUGGGAACGAUUGUUUCACUGACAAUUUUGUUUUAGUACUUUAAGUAUUAUUCAUUAUGUGGUUUAAAAAUUCACACCUGCAUAGAUAUAGCAUUUCAAGUACAAUAGAACAAUAGGCAAAAAAAAAAAAAAUAAAUAAAAUCAGAAAACCAAAAUUCUAGAUGCAAAUAAAAUAGUAUAUUCAAGAUCUAUUUUAAAAGACAGAGCACCAAGUUUUGGGAAAAUUGUAACUGAGGUACCAAACCUUUCGUUUAUUAGCAGACUUUGUCCAAACCUUUAGUUUGUGCCACCAGAUAUACCAAACUUUUAAAAAAUGUAUGGGGCCAGUCCAAAAUGACGGUUUCCGUCUGUUUGACCGCCAAAACCGUCAGUUGACCCCUUUAAUGAUAAUUUUAAGAAUUUUCCCCAAAUAAGUGAAGGGCAACAUGGUCAUUACACACAUUUCCCUCCUCAACAUCAAACACGUCAAUUGCAACUUUCUUCCACUCACCAUCCACUAUGGAACCUGCGAAAACCCACGAAGAAGACGAAACGGACUUCGAAGAAGACGAGCAUCCAGUGGAUAUUGUAGCCCACAUUCGAGGCUCUCUUCCCCAACCCGUGUAUGGGGAAAUUCAAAGUAUUUCAGCAUAUGGCUUCAUCAUGGUGGAAUUUUAUUGCAGAAGAUGAGAAAUUUUGUGUAUGAGCAUGGGAAAAUAAGUUAUAUAGACUAUAUCGACCCUGAUUUCUUCAAUAGAUUUCUUUUGGACAAUGCCGUGAAGAUGUUAGGAUAUUCUGAUAGAAUUAGAUAUCUGUACAAGAUAGAGAAGAAAAGAAUGAGUGAAGAUUCAUUUUGGUUGGUUAAAGACUCAGAUUUCAUGAUUUUAGUGAAGUGACUUGGUAUAAUAGGACAGUUGAACUGUAUUGCUUGCCUGUAGUUGAGGUUUUGGAGUUGCCUUGGGAUGAAACAGAACAGAAGGAUGUUCGAGUGUUUGAUUGUGAGACUGGUGAGGAGUUGGUGAAGGUUCAAAAGUCCGGUGAAGCAUUGAAUGAGCAGCAACCAUGCUAUGCAAUUGAGAUUUUUGAUGAAUCAGUAGAAGGGGAUGACGUGUAUGUAGUUGAUGAAGUGGAUGACAUGGAAGCAGAUGAAGAGGAAGUUUAUACAGUCCAUGGAACAGAGCAUGAGUAUACAGAGGUUGAUUUUAUAGGGGCUGAAGUAGACUCACAUGAAUCAGAAGUACAUGCUGCUGAACCAGAGAAACCUCAUGAUGCUAAACCACAGUUGAGGUUUGAACAUGAGUUGCAUGACGCUGAACCACAGCAGCAGGCUCAGCAGGAGCUGUAUGCUGCUGAACAAGAGGCGCAGGCUGCUGAACAUGAUGUCGAAGCAGAGGUGCAGCCUGCUGAAAUUGAUGUGCAUGCUUCUGGACCACAGCAGCAGGCUCAGCAGGAGCUGCAUGUUGUUGAACAAGAGGCGCAAGCUGCUGAACAUGAGUUGCAUGAUGCCGAACCAGAGGUGCAGGUUGCUGAAACUGAUGUGGAGUUUGGUGAAGGUCCUGAGCUGGAUGAUGAAUAUGAGGAGGGUAUUUUGGGAGGGGAAUUUACUGACUCGGAGUACGAGCAGGAAGAAAAUAUUGCUGUGGAGGAUAACGAUGAAAACACAUAUUUCAGGUUGAGUGAAGGUUUUGACAUUGGUGCAAGUGGUGAGCAGGAAGGUGUAAGGGAUGUGCAGGAAGGGGAGGCACCUGCUGGGGAAGCAUCUGGAACAGAAUACGAAAACUCCAGUGAGCUUAGAAUCUUACCCAGUGAUACCGAGGCUGAGGGAUCAUCUGCUAGAAGGAAGAAUGUGUGCUGGUUUAACCCUGCAACUGAUAUGGAAGAUCUACAGUUCAAGCUAGGGAUGAAAUUCGACAACAUCAAGAUUCUAAGGAAUGCAGUAGUUCAAUACUUAGUCAAAAAUUUCAGGCAACUGAGAUACGUGAAAAAUAUGAGGACACAGUUGAGAGUUCGGUGUCAAGAUAUUUGUCCUUGGGUUUUGUAUGCGUAUCAACAACCCGACAAGAGUCUUAGAAUUAACACAUUUGUAGAUGAGCACACAUGUACCAUGGUGUGGCAAAAUAGAAGGGUUAAUUCAGGUUUUCUGAGCGCGAACACUGUACCUGGUAAGGGGAAGCUGAUGGUGGAAUUGAUAUUGUCCUUCAUCUAG